CAUUCUGUUAAAUGCUUCGCAAACCAGAGCAAAGGAGGAGACAUGAAGAGUUGAAUUUCACUGCCUUGUUUGGAAUUGGGUGGAAAUCCUGGAGAUGGAUCUCUUAGGAGUCUGUCUUCCAAUUGGGUUAGAUGCACAGGAGCAAUGGAUCGCCCCAGCUACCUGGAAGAGGACUAUUCUAGCCUGGAUGGGCUGGACGAUGACGUGUUUCACUCUGAUGACUUUGGACUUGCAGGUCAGCCUGGUGAGAUGACUGCAACUGGCUUUUUCACACAGAACCAGUCCUACAGCUGCCUUCUGGGGAGGUUUCAACUAUUCCCCCUCACACACUGCUGUGGUCCCGGUAUCAGGCAUCCUGAGCAGCAGGACAAGGCAACUCAAACACUCAGCCCGUCCUCUUCCAGUCAGGAUGUUAUGUUGCCUUGUGGAGUCACUGAAGAGCCACGGAGACUCUUCUAUGGGAAUGCUGGUUACCGUUUACAUGUCCCUCCAGCUGGCUUUGGGUUGGAUCCACACCUCCAAGAGGAACCUCAGGAAAGUCAGCAGGAAGCACGUGCUGAGGUGCAGAUUGCACGGAAGUUGCAGUGCAUUGCCGACCAGUUCCACCGGCUCCACAUACAGAGGCAUCAGCAGAACAGAAAUCAAGUGUGGUGGCAGCUUUUUCUCUUCCUACACAACUUGGCCUUAAACGCGGAGGCGAACAGGAACCACGCUGGGCAGAGGUGAGCUUCGCCCGCCUGUUUCAGGCCGCAUCCAGUCUGCAGGGAGCACUGAACAAACACUGGUUCGGGGGCGAGACAUUGCACACCGCCGGCCGGAUGUGAGGACUCUGACUUUCUGAUACUCGUCUUCAAGUUUGGGUGUUUUUAUGGACUCUUCUUUGCUGCUGUCUGCCUUGCGAGGCAGGGAGCUCUUGUCCAACACUGUCAAAGGAAAGCCAGAAUGUGGGUGUGUUUGGUAAAGCUUGCUGCUGGUUCCCCGCACCGGUGACCUCUGUGCAAGGGAGGCUUCCUCUGCCCUGUGUACUAGGUGAUGGUAGAGUGCAGGAGUGUCAUUUUGGCUGCUAGUUAAAAAUUAUGCUAGUUAAAAAUGAUGCCUGGGAUUGAUGACUAAAUGUACUUUGGGUAUCUUCCAGAGCAGAGAUGCUCAAUGCCUCCACAUUUUUAGCAAUGAAAAGCAUUCAGGUAGCUUAAAUCCACGGGGUUACUUGUUUUCUUCAUUGGUUACUGUUUAUUUCAUUUCACCCUCUGUGAGAGAAAAUCUGACCUCUUCAGUCAUUCUAUUGGGCACCAGUUGCAGCUCUCUCACAUGAAGUUGUUCUUUGUUAUUGCCAUCAAUAGAAAAAAUUAAACCUUCCUGGAGUUGCUGUUGACUAGUAGUUUCUGCUACUGUUUGCUUCCAGUUCAGUGUUCUCAGUGCCCAUGAGCCAGCAUGAAGCCAAAAACCAUGCAAUAUGACACAAGUGUCAUUCUUCUACAGUGCUAAUGUAUAUGUUUUUACUAGUUUUAUGAUGGGUGUUUAUUUUGUUUUGUCUUUCUUUUCUUUUACUAUAGUGUGGUUGAUCAGGAAGGCUUAGAUCCCAGGCAUCCAAUGGUUUUGCUUCAGGAUUUGACAGGGAAAUUAAUUAGUAUCUAAUCUGAUAUGUACACUGUACAAGCAGUCUGUCCAUUACUCUACUAUGCAGUGUUUGGAGGCUGCUGUAGGCGUAUACUGACUAGCAGCAGUAAUAUUACUUCAAGGGAGAUCUUCUAGCAGUUCCCAGUUUGUAUGCACUCAGAAGUUUGUCCAUAUGGCUGACACUAUUGGACCAGCACAGGGAAAUUAACCUACCAAAAGGAAGUAGCUUUAAAUAUUGAUAGCUACUUUUCUGUAGCCUUAAAUACAUUUAGUUCACAAACCCACUGACAGCUAGGGUAAAAUGCAAACAGAAAAGCAAUACAGAUUUUUUUUUUUUGACCAUUUCCGUAUUGCCACUGCACCUUGUUCUAUGUCUCAGAUGAUACAGGCAGCCUGAGGCAGAGCUGUCCAGAGAAUGGCUCUUCAGUUGUGUUACAAAUGUUGGCUGCAGGUGUUGAGAAAUUCUUCUGCUCUUGGUCCACUCUGAAAAAUAAGCAUUACUGUACGGAAGAGUAGUUUACUUGCACAUACUCUUUCCUUCUCCACCCCUCUCUGCAUAUUCUUCUCUAAUUCAUGCUUUCUCUAGUAGUUGUGUAAUCUUAUCAUUGCACUGUAGUGUCUGGUAACAGUUUGCUGAACAGAGUUAAAUUUGGACCUUCUCCCUCUCUCCCAGCCCUAUUCUCUUGAUUUGCAUCCUGCUCUACUGUGGCAAAAUGUACUUUAGCUCUCUGAAAGAGGUCCCUAAGCCUUUUUCACUUUCAUAUACUCACAGGCACUCUCUUUCAACAUAAGGAGAGUUUAUGUGAGAAAAACUUUUUUUUCUCCUUUUAUGUUAUUUUUCUAGCUAGAGCUAGAGUAAUAUGUUUGUCCAUGAUGGUUAAUAAUUCAUGUAAAUGAAUCUCAAGUAAUAUUUUGUGGGGUGGGUUUUAUGGAGAGGGAGGGUGGGGGGGUUUUUUUAGCGGGGGUAUUGUUUUUGGUUUUGUGUUGUUUCUUUAAGCAUGUGCACUACAGAGUUACCCGGAGUGAUCUAAGUGAUCGCUGUUGCUGACUUUGCUGCAGCAGUGUGGAAGCCACUCUCUGCCCAUGUUGACAGAGAUGAGGCUUUCCAUACCUUGCCUUGCACAGUCUGCUUGAUGUAAACGCUGGUCAUUGGAGAAAGAGGACUUAAAUGGUGGGGAAAGCCUGAGGGGUAGUGCAAGCACAGACUGAACUAGGGACUCCUGAGGAGCUGAAUGUUAAGAAGACUCUUAAAUGAGAAGGUCUUUAAGAGGCAGGAGUGCAGAGGCUCAGGAAGCAAUGUAGCAAUGCUGCCUCCCUGCAUGGCACGCCCUAGGAUGUGAUGCUUGCAUUUUCCCACUGAUUGCCAGGACCCCUUUAUCAGGAACAGUCAAUGCUACAUCAUAACAGCCCUGCAAAUUAUAAAAAUUCAGCAACUGCUUCUGACACUUAAAAACCAUUGUGAGCUUUCCCCUUCCCCUCUGCCUUGACUUGACAGCCAAACAGGCCAAUAAGGCCUGUCUUCUGGAUGAGUAAGCUGGAAAGAUAGGUCUGGUACUGGUGCUUUCUGUUCUUGUGACCCAACCAGGGUUUAUCUAGGGCAAGACUCUUCUUAACAUGGAGAAACAAGUACCUGAAAUGGUUCCUCAGUCAGGCUGCCUGCUUCAAUAGAGUCAUUUGGCUCAGGGAAAGAUACAUCUUUGCCAGUCCGUAUUUCCCAUUGCAACAACAGACUUAUCAAAAUUGGUCAUGCCAGGGUCUCAAGUUAAAAUCUACUUGAACAACAAUACUUCAUUGGAGACAUAGAGCUAAUGCUAGACAAAGGCCGACUUCCUGCAAUAUGCGUGUUGGUUACUGGUGCCAGAGAUUUACAACCACUGAUAAUAUAUUUUAAUUAUAUUUCAUAUCUGCAUAUCUUGGAGAAAGGAAGUAUGCUCUGUCAACCCAAAAGUCUUACUUUGCUUCGUGUAGAUUUGGAGGGGCAGGCUGGUUAUUCAGAUAUGGAAAAGCAACUACUUCAUACUUACAGUCUCACCUACUUGAGAAAAUAGUGGGAAAAUUUCACAUAUGUAUCAAAAAAUACACAGAUGCACAGCACACAUGUAUGUGUCACCCAUUCUCUGUUGCUAAGGCCUCUUGAGCACCCACUGAGGAGAUCUUGCCUGCAGAGUAGCUAUUGCAGUGUGGCCACGGACAUAUGUCAGUUAUUUGGGGAAACAGUUCCAAAGAACAUGGUUUAUAUCCUGUUGGUGAACGAUUAUGCUCAGGUUUUUAGGUAUUAGUUCGUUUUGGUGAAAAGAAUGGAACACUGUUUCUCUCUGUGCUGUAAAACUACGGUCUAACAAUUUAGAAAAAAGAGUUGGAUCUUUCUUCUAAAACAAAUGCCUAUUUUAAUGAACAGUUCUUAAGAAAAGCUUGACCUGCUGUUGAUGGUACCAGCAGCCUUGAAACAUCUUGCUUCCCUUCCCCAGAUCUCCAAAAUGGCUUCAGACCUCACCUCUCUUUCCUUGAGGGAUACCGUUCUUCCUAUCCCUUCCCAACUGCCCACCCUUUUGAAUAUCUUGUAGCCUGCCCAUUCCAGGAUCCUGCAAGCCUGGUGCUAGUAGGGAAUAGUUAGCUUUAGUUUUAUUUCCUGCAGUUCUUGAAAGCUGAGCCAGUAAUCACAAAGUGACUGCCCAGGGAUAGCUGCAAACUGCUGCAAAUAGGAUACAACAAAGGCAGGGGAGAGGAUGAAACUGCAUGGAAAGGGUUGCUGAUGGAUCUGUGUAGGGCUGCAGCCUUCUCUCAAGGUGCUGAUAAUCCCUGGUAGCACUGAAUUCCUGCAUAACUGAUCACAUAUCUCAGUUUAAAUAGCUGGUUGUUAUUAAAUAUUUGUUGGCUAAACUCUUGUUUGAGGAGUCCUGAAAGAAACUUCCGUAUCAUCCUUUGUUUUGGAGCUGUGUAUCAACAAGAGAAUAGAGGCAAGGAACCUAAUCUUUCUUGAUGUAGAAAGGGUGAUUGCAAAGGCAUCUUCCUUUCUACUGGCUGUUUACUUUGUCCUCUCAAGCCUGGAUAUGGGCAAUGUGUGCAUGUGAGGUUACUGCAGUGCUGGAGUUGUUCCAUGGCAGUCACUGGAGCUGUACCCAAGGUGGAACUUCAUUUGGUGUGGCACUUGGCAUUCUUUUGGGAAACAACAGAUUCUGACCAUUAGUAGACUAGGGAGAAAGGUUGCUUUUUUUUUUAAAGAAAAAGCAAAAUUACUUGAGGCAGUUAUUGCAAAGUGGCCCUGUCAACUCUACAAUUAAUUCCACCCUUCCACUGCUAGUCCUGUCCCAUAUCUCUGCUGAACUUGUGGGAAUGGUGAGACUGUGACAUGCUGAAUGGUGUGCUAUGUAAAGGGAAAAAUAGAGAAAGCACUCAGUAUAAGUGCUAGAAUCAAAGGAGAAUGCAGAUUUGUGGAGGUCUUGCCUUGUUUUGCCAGCAGUAUUUACUGCGGGAUUGUAAGUAAAAGAACCAUAGAAUGCCCAUUCGUAUUCAUGGGAGCUCUGCACAUGAACCGAGCAUUAUUGAGUAUGAGCAUAAUUUGACUACACAGGUUUUAAUAAUAUCUUUCAAAAGAGUCUGUUUUUCAAACUGGCAUUUGUGAUCAUUUGCAAAAAUGCCUACCUGUUGCCUUUGUUUUAGCAAGAAGAAAUACCUCAAGGAAUUGAUAAAAGGUCCUAGGACAAUCUUUUACAGUUCCUAAAGACUUCAGUGGUCUCUGUUUCUUUGGUUUGCAUGUGUUCACGCAGGUGUUACACAGCUCAGUUCUUCUCCACCAGGAAAAGCAGAAAAGACCAAACACAUCAAUGCACUGGAAUGUAAUUGUGUGUGUGCGUGCAUGUAUGUGGGUGUGUGUUCUUGAACUGAAUGCAGUCUGACAUCCCCUACCCCUUCUUUCUUCCAUGUGCCUCAUCUUCCCCCUUAGCCACAGAAAGGAGGGUCUCUUCCUGUGAAUCCCAUGCUGGAAGUUGGUUUCUGGGAAGCAAAACCUAAUGUCUGUGGGCUGUUUUUUAAAGCCAUGUUUCGGUUCUGUCUUCAGACUCUGUGCUGCCUUUGGGGAAUGGAGGGGUGGGAAGGGUAGAUUCUUAAACUGUUUUUAAAAUCUAUUAUGGAAAUUUUGCAUGUAUAAAGUUAUUCUUAAAUCUAAAGGAGUCUCCCCAGUUUGUGGACACAGCUCCAGGAGAGCAUCAUCACAGAUUCCUCAACUCAGUUUUUGAUCAGACCUUUGUGAAAGAAGUAUUUGAUGACAAAAUGGGGAGAGACUGAUGCAUUGGAAAAACAACAUUGUCAGGAUCUCCUUAAAUACAUGUCAGAAGUUAGGCUUGUAAAAGGGAAAUUUCAAAAUAACCCGAGGGAUUUGUAUGUCUGUUUCCACUGUGUGCAUUUGAAAAUCCUGCCACUAAAUCUGAGUAUGUAGAUGUUGGGGAUCUUUUUGGUUAAAUUAAUCAUGUAUCUCUUCUGUUCUCUUCAAUGGUAUGUAGUACAGUCUCCCAUGUUUCUAGGUGAAAUUCACUGAUGAAAAUACUGUGAAAUAUGAAUUCACAUUUUCUUCCCCCUUCUUUCAUGCCUCCUGCUUCCUGCAUGACUUUUCUGCUUUGGUGGGAUACUUUAAAAAAAAAAAUAAAAAGGCUUGAGAGUCCUUCAUCUGGAAAACAAAAAGGGUAAGGUGAGCUAGAAUUUGCAAUGUACUUAAUAAACUUCGCCUCAAUGAAGGGUUUCCCCAUGACUUCUGAUAUUCACCAGAAUAUGAUACUGUCCUGCUGCAGAAGUAAACCCGAUGCUCUCCUGUGAGAUUUCUGUCUGGAUUAGUCCUGAAGUGCACACACCUUCUUUGCCAUGGACUGAGACCCAGUGAGAAUGUAGCAUUUUGUUUAUUCUGGUUGUGUGCCUCCAGGACUCCUGCCUGUACCAAUGGUGACUGGGCAGAGCUCCUUUUGUUUUUGUAUCUGUGCAGUAUAUUUGCUUUGUGCUUUCUUCUUUGGUGCUUUUUAAUACUUUAAUACUUGGAUUUUUUUUUCUAAUAACUGGUACAAUUUUUAAUAAAAUUGUUAAAUUCUU